AUGUCCGCUGGCAUGCCGGAUGCCAUCUCCAUGCUACAAUACGCGGCCAAUUCGCGCGCCGAAGAAGAGAAGCAUCUCCUACGCAAGGAGCGCAACCGCCAGUCUGCUGCCGUCUCGCGCAAGCGGCAGCGUGACCACCGCCAGCAGCUCGAGGAGGAGAAUGCGCGGCUGCGUGAUGAGAACGAGCAGCUCUUGAGAUUGCUUCACGAGCAUGCGCCGCAUGUGGAGCUGCCUCGGAGCGCCCCCGCCGCCCCCUCCCCCGACCUGCCCAGCGCGCCGGACGACGAGGACUGCAGCAGCACAGCGCCGCGCCCGCUCCUGCCGAUGCCGUCCAACGCCCAGCCAGCCGCGGCCCACCAGCCAGCCACGCAGCCGGCCGAGAGCCCGCCGCAGCCCGCCGUCGUCGGCGAGGAGCAGCAGCAGGUCGACACCGCCCAUGCCGCAGAGCUAGCGGGCUGCUACAGCUCACAAUAUCAGUAG